AUGAAGUCGGGCAUGAUAAUUUUGCAACCUUGGUUGUCGUCGCUGAAGCGGCCCGACGUUGAGGGCAUAGACCCCAUGAUAUGGGUGUAUAUAUGUUCUUCAGUCUCAUUUGCCGUCUUCUCUCUUGUCGGACUUGCCUUUUAUCGCCUCUACCUUAGCCCACUUGCCAAGUUCCCCGGACCUCGAUUGGCCGCCGUGACGGGGCUCUAUGAAACAUACUAUGACAUAGUUCAGGAUGGUCAGUUCGUCUGGCAGAUUGAGCGUCUUCAUCAGCAAUACGGACCUAUAGUGCGGAUCAAACCAUCGGAGCUUCACGUGCAAGACCCAGAUUAUUAUAACACGCUGUACUCGGGCCCGACGAGCAAGCGGAAUAAAGAUGCCUGGUUCUCCUACCUCGGAUGGCCUCAGUCGAUCUUCUCAACGGAGGGACAUACCCUUCACCGCGUCCGUAGAAGCGUCUUGGGCCAAUUCUUCACAAGAAGAGCAAUCUUGGAUCUGGAGCCGGUCAUCCAGGCCAAUAUUCAAGCUUUGUCUCACCACUUUCGCCAGGCGGAAUCCACACACGGGUCCUUGGAGCUUCAUGCCGCGUUUCUGUGCUUUGCGAGUGACACCAUCUCGCAGCAUGCUUUUGGGCAGCGGAACGGGUUUCAUUCACUGGAUCGGGCAGAGCUGGAUGCGGUUUGGAAGAAAAAGGUGAACUCGAGCUUUGAGCUUGUUCAGGUCGCAAGACACAUGCCGUGGCUUUGCAAGCUGGCUCAUGCCAUCCCUAGGGUGGCGGGAAGCAUUAAUCCAUGCUUCUACGAGGUUAUUCAAAUGGAAACGGAUGUCAAACAAAUGGUUCGUAACGCAAUACAUGAACGUGGUAUGGUAAGCAGCGAGAAGGCGGCCAAAGCAAUUUAUCCUGCGAUUUUGGAACACGAGAAGGUACCUGAGGAGGAGAAAGAGUUCACUCGAUUGGCUGAUGACGCAAUUUUCUUGAUGAUUGCUGGUACCGAUGCGCCGUCGCAGGCUUUGGCUAUUACUUUAUUCCACAUUCUGCGUCAUCCGGAUGUCCAUGAAAGAGUUCGCGGUGAGCUGUGCGCUGCUUGGGAAGAUGCGUCGAUGUCGCCCGGUCUGGCGGCCUUGGAGACGUUGCCGUACUUUACUGCCGUGUUGAAAGAGGGUCUUCGGUUGUCAUCCAUUGUCACUACACGACUGCCUCGUAUUGCACCGGAUGAGGACCUGCAAUUCCACGAAUGGGAGAUUCCGCGCGGGACACCCGUGAGCAUGUCGACCUUCUUCAUCCUGCGUGAUCCAAAGAUCUUUCCAGACCCAUCGAGCUUCCGCCCCGAGCGCUGGCUCCUGGAGCCAGAUGAGUUGCGCCGGCUAGAGAGUUAUCUCGUCCCAUUUUCAAAGGGUACCUUGGGCUGUCUGGGUCCGAAUAUGACCUGGGUGUGGAUGUAUUUGGUUCUGGGGACACUGGUGAGAAAAUUCGAGAUGACUCUCUAUGAUACGACAGAACGGAAUUUGGAGAUGGUGAGGGAUAAGUUCAUUGGACAGACGAAGCCUGGGUUGAAUCGGAUUCAAGUCAAGGUGUUGGGGGAAUAUAAUAAGGUGGACAGGUCGUAG